AUGUCGGACGGACCAGACCAGAUUGUUGCGCCCAAUACGGGUGCCAGGCAAACUUUUGGACAAAAGAUGAGCGAGAUACCUCGUCGCCUGCGCAAGCAAUUCACCACCAGAGAGGGACUAUUAGGCGACUACGAUUAUGCAUUUCUCUUUACUCCGAACAUCCCAGGCUUCAAACGCGCAAGACGAGCUGCACCGUUCUUUGGACUUAAUGACAAGCUGCCCAUCAUGCUGGCUCUUGUGCUUGGCUUCCAACAUGCUCUGGCCAUGCUGGCAGGUGUUAUUACUCCGCCUAUUAUUCUCUCAGGUCAGGGAGGCGCCAACCUUGACGCUGAAACCGCUCAAUAUCUAGUGUCGACCUCCUUGAUCGUUUGUGGUAUUCUGUCUUCGAUCCAGAUCACUCGCUUCCAUAUCUACGGCACACCGUACUUCAUUGGCACAGGCUUGAUUUCUGUAGUGGGAACGUCCUUUGCAACCAUCCCGGUGGCUACUGGUGCUCUGACGCAGAUGUACGAGACAGGUUUCUGCCCAACAGAUGCUGUGGGGACCAGGCUGCCCUGUCCGCGGGGUUAUGGUGCAAUUAUUGGUACAGCUGCACUUUGCGCUCUGCUCGAAAUCGGAGCCAGCUUCACUAAACCUACAUGGCUGAAAAAGAUCUUUCCGCCAAUCGUUACGGGUCCUACUGUUGCACUCAUUGGUAUAAAUCUCAUCAGAUCCGGCUUCCAGAACUGGGCUGGUGGAUCGGGUACCUGUUCCACCAGACCAACCUCUGGCCCCUUCCAGCUCUGUCCUAGUAACACUGCUCCUCGUCCUCUUCCCUGGGGUUCAGCAGAAUUCAUUGGCCUCGGCUUUCUCGUUUUCGUCACCAUCAUCCUCUGCGAACGAUUCGGCAGCCCUAUUAUGAAAUCGUGCGCUGUCGUCGUUGGACUGUUGAUGGGAUGCAUCGUGGCUGGUGCCUGUGGUUACUUCAGCAAAGCUGGCAUCGACAGCGCCCCUGCUGUGUCAUUCAUCUGGGUCAAGACUUUCCCCUUGUCCAUAUAUGCCCCGUUGAUUUUGCCAUUCUUGGCCGUCUACAUCGUCCUAAUGAUGGAGGCUAUUGGUGACAUUACAGCCUCUUGUGACGUCUCUCGCCUUGAGGUUGAAGGUCGUAUAUUCGACUCCCGCAUCCAGGGCGGCGUUUUAGCCGACGGCCUCAACGGGCUACUUGCCUGUUUGGGUACUAUCACUCCCGUUUCCACGUUCGCUCAGAACAAUGGCGUAAUUGCGCUGACCAAGUGUGCUAAUCGCAAGGCUGGAUACUGUGCCUGCUUCUUCCUUGUCAUUAUGGGGGUUUUUUCGAAAUUCGCGGCAUCUCUUGUAGCCAUUCCAAGUUCGGUAUUGGGCGGAAUGACUACUUUCCUCUUCUCUGCGGUUGCUGUUUCGGGUAUCCGCAUUAUCAGCACGGUGCCCUUCACGCGCCGAAAUCGAUUUAUCCUCACCGCCGCUUUGGCACUCGGAUUUGGAGCCACACUUGUUCCAUCGUGGUUUGAACAUGUUUUUUCAUCAACUGAUAACGACGCCCUUGCUGGAUUUUUCAAUGCCAUAAAGCUGGUCAUGGAGACCGGCUUUGCCGUUACAGCAUUCCUCAGUCUGUUCCUAAACUUAGUUCUCCCAGAGGAGAUUGAGGAUGAAGUGGUGGAGAUCACUGCGGACAAAGCGGAUGACGAAGCUGAUAGGCUAGAGUGGGAGAGGAUUCGCCGACCCAGUCAACAGAGGAGGAGUGCGGAACUGAAUGGGGCAGAUAGGGGCAAGAGUGUGGGCGGGGGAAGCUUGAGUGAUGAUGUGGAGAAGGCGGCAGUGGGGAAGUCGGCUUGA